AAUAAAAGUGAGUAUGCUAGGCGCGUUGGCUCACGCUCACACUCCCAAAUUUCUCUGUGCUUCUCGUCUCUCCGCUUCCCCCAGAACCACCGUCUCCGCCGCCGCCAUGUCAUCUUCCGUUGUCCGGAUAGCCGUCGUCGGAGACAUUCAUGAUCUUUGGAAUCUAGAAGAAGACACUAAAGCACUCCAAUUUCUUAAGCCAGACUUGGUGCUAUUUACAGGUGAUUUUGGUAAUGAGAAUGUUGACCUAGUUCAGAGUGUUGCAGAUCUUGAAUUUCCUAAAGCAGUCAUUCUGGGAAAUCAUGAUUCCUGGAGAACUCAGGAUUUUUCUGGAAAGAAGAAGAAUCGUGUUCAACUUCAGCUAGAGUGUCUUGGUGAGGAGCAUGUAGCUUAUCGAAGUCUAGAUUUUCCUAUGUUAAAACUCAGUGUUGUUGGUGGACGGCCAUUUUCCCAUGGGACUGAGCGAAUGUUUCGUAAAAGGCUUCUGUCCUCGAGAUAUGGAGUUGAAGACAUAGAUGGAAGUGCCAAGAGAAUCUAUAAGGCCGCAUUGGGUGUGCCAGGAGAUCAUUUGGUUAUAUUUCUUGCACAUAAUGGACCCACCGGUCUUGGUUCUGAAGGGAAUGACAUCUGUGGAAAAGAUUGGGAAGUUGGAGGCGGUGACUAUGGUGAUCCAGAUCUAGCACAAGCCAUUGCGCUUUUAAAAGAGACUACCAAAUUUUGUAUUCCCCUGGUCGUGUUUGGUCACAUGCACAAACAACUGGGAGAUGGUGGUCUGCGAAAAAUGAUUGCGUUUGGCACUGACAACACCAUAUACCUCAAUGGGGCCAUUGUUCCAAGAGUUAAAAGACUAAUUGAUAAUCAAGGAACUGUAAACACAAGCAUCAUGAAUAACGAAACCUCACUUGCCACAGCGGACUCCAGAGGUACAACGCGAGCCUUCACUUUAGUGGAAAUUGUAGAUGGAAGAGUAGAUAAAAUCGCAGAAACAUGGGUUGCUGUUGUUGGAGAUAUGACAACAUUACAAGAAGAGCACAUAUUGUUUAAACAUGGCGAUGAGGUUCUUCCAUGACUGGUUUUUAGUAUCAGUCACUAAGCAUCUAUUGCUGCAUACGUUCUACCGUUCUAAUUAGACAUGCUUUCGAUACCAACUUAACUUGCUACUUUUUCAUUCUUUUGAUGCAAAUGGUCUGACAUAUGGAAAUGGUCUGCGAAAAAUUAGUGUUUGGCGUCAACAACACCAUAUACCUCAAUGGGGCCAUCAUUCCAAGAGUUAAAAAGACUGAUUGAGAUCAAAGAACAUAAAUAGAAGCGUCAUGAAUAACGAAACUUCACUUGCCACAUCAGACUCCAGAGGUACAAUGCAAGCCUUCACUUUAGUGGAAAUUAUAGAUGGAAGAGUAGAUAAAAUCGGGGAAACAUGGGUUACUGUUGUCGGAUAUAUGACAACAUUACAAGAAGACCAUAUAUUGUUUAAACCUGGCAAUUAGAUUCUUCCAUGACUGGUUUUUAGUUUCUGUCGCUUAGCAUCUAUUGCUGCUGUAAAGUGCUUUCAUGAAUGCAACUAAAUAGACCUGCUUUGAAUACCAACUUGGCUUAAUAUUCAUUCUAUUGAUGUUUGUAUAUCUCAGUUUAAAGCACUCAAAAUCCUACCAAAUUAUAUAAAUUUUUUCUAUACUUUGUUAAAUUGAAUGUAGUCAAAUGCAGUGGCCUACAAUUGAAUCAAGUUCGACCAAGUAUUGUCGUCUUCAACUUCAAGAUCCUAUACUACUGAAAAAACCUAGAGUACCAAAAAGAAGAAAAGUUUUGGUGAUGUCUGUGUUGUAUUGACUCAUAAAAAAAAAUCAAAAGUUGUGCCAAACCAAGAACAGAAGGGG